AUGGCAAAAGACAAGUUGAAGAAGACCCAAAUCAAGCACAGCAAAUGCAGAUUGAUGCAGAAAAUGAAGAUGAAAACAGAAUUGAAUCAGAAGAAGAGUCGAAAUCAGAAUCCGAAGAUGAAAGUCUGUCAGGCGACUUUCGCGAUUCAAGCAGUUCAAGUUCUUCAAGCGAAGAGUCAAACUCGGAUCAAUCCUCCGAUUCAGAAGAAGACGAGAGCGAAUCAGAGUCGAAUCAGUCAACAAGCGAAUCAGACUCAGAAAGCUCAAGCACUGACUCGAUCUCCUCAGGAUCACCUUCGUAUUCAGAUUCUUCAGAAUCAAGCAAUAACUCCAGCUCCUCUUCUGAAGAAGAUGGUAGAAGACAUAGGAAAGAGAAGAAAAAACACUCGAGUAAGAAAGUCAAGAAAAACAAGAAGCAUAAGUCGAAAUCAAAAUCCAAAAAGAUAUUGA